CUGACGCAGCGGAGACUCGCUCCGCCUCCCCGGUCCGGUCAGGACGCCUGCGCGUGUUGACUGCAGUGGAGGACUAUGUGGAGAACCGGCCUAGCCCGGAACCAACAGGUCCAGGAGAGUCCCGCGGCUCGGUCCGGCCCGGUUUGCUAAAGAAAUGAUGGCAGCGGCGGAACCAGAGAGGAAGACCGUUCAGAUUUACGCCUGAGCGUCACGGAGCGGCGACGCAGGGCGAACGUGCGCGAUGUCUGCGGACGGUGCCACGAUCCGCAGCCGCAUCAAGAACCUGCUGCGCUCCCCGUCCAUCAAGCUGCGCAGGAGCGGCGCGCGGCACAAGCGCGACCUCAGCAACAAGGUGACAUUGGAGAAGGUUCUGGGAAUCACAGCAGAGGGGAACCGAGCGCUGGCCUGUGAACCCCGAACCGGACUUCUCGCCUAUCCGGCGGGGUGUGUCGUGGUUCUGUUGAAUCCUCGCAAGAACAAACAGCAUCACAUCUUCAACAGCUCCAGGAAGGCCAUCACCACGCUGGCAUUUUCUCCUGAUGGGAAAUAUGUGGUUACAGGCGAGAGCGGUCACAUGCCGGCGGUUCGGGUCUGGGACGUGUCGGAGCGCCUUCAGGUGUCGGAGCUGCAGGAGCACAAAUACGGAGUCGCCUGCGUGGCGUUUUCCCCAAAUGGCAAAUACAUCAUCAGCGUGGGCUACGAGCACGACAUGAUGGUGAACGUGUGGAACUGGAAGAAAAACGUGGUGGUGGCGGCCAACAAGGUGUCCAGCAAAGUGACGGCCGUCUCCUUUUCCGACGACAGCUCCUACUUUGUCACCGCCGGCAACCGUCACGUGAAGUUCUGGUACCUGGACCACAACAAGACCUCCAAGGUCAACGCCACUGUCCCCCUGCUGGGGCGUUCAGGGCUGCUCGGUGAGCUCAGGAACAACUUCUUCAGUGAUGUGGCGUGUGGGCGGGGCCGACGCUCCUCCUCCACCUUCUGCAUCACCUCGUCCGGCCUGCUGUGCGAGUUCAACGAGCGCCGGCUGCUGGACAAGUGGGUGGAGCUGCGGAGAGUUGACUCUGCCUCCACGUCCCAGGCCACCUGUCUGUCCGUCACAGAGGAGUUCAUCUUCUGUGGAUGCUCCGACGGGACGGUUCGAGCCUUCAGCCCCGUCAACCUGCACUUCCUCUGCACUCUGCCCCGCCCCCACUCUCUGGGCGCUGACAUUGCCAGCAUGGUUGAUGCCAGCCAGCUGUUCUCCUGCGGAGCAGACGCUCGGUACCCAGACAGCGUGGCCGUGACCUACGACCCCACCAAUCACUGGCUGUCCUGUGUCUACAACGACCACAGCGUCUACGUGUGGGACGUUCGGGACCUCCAGGACCUCCGGAGAGCAGGGAAGCUGUACUCCGCUCUCUACCACUCGUCCUGCGUGUGGAGCCUGGAGGUCUCCACAGGUGGAACAGGUGAGGGGGAGAGACUCCUCCCCCCCGGAUCCUUCCUGUCGUGCUCCUCAGACAACACCAUCCGGCUGUGGAACAUGGACGGACACAGCGCCCUCCACAGGAACAUCCUGAGCCACGACCUGAAGAAAGUCAUUUACGUGGAAGACAAUGUCAGCAGCCUCCCUGACGCCGACAGCAUCACCGUUGCCGGCGGCAACGCAGAGAAGGCGGGGCCACCGGAGGGGCAGCAGACAGACCAGAUCCGGACGGGCAUCCGGGCUCUGAGAGUCAGUCCGGACGGACGGCACCUGGCCUCCGGGGACCGCAUGGGAGUUCUCAGGAUCCAUGAUCUGGACAGCAUGGAGGAGAUCCUGAACGUUCAGGCUCACGACUCCGAGAUCCUCUGCCUGGAGUUCUCCAAACCGGACACAGGUCUGCAGCUGUUAGCCACAGCAAGCCGGGACCGGCUGAUCCACAUCCUGGAUGCGGGCCGAGACUACAGCCUGGUCCAGACUCUGGAUGAACACUCGUCCUCCAUCACCGCUGUCAGAUUUGCCGCCAAUGAGGGGAAGGUGCGCAUGAUCAGCUGCGGCGCCGAUAAGAGCGUGUACUUUCGCUCAGCCCAGCAGACGGAGGAGGGGCUAGAGUUCAUCCGGACGCAUCACGUCGUCCGGAAGACGACUCUGUACGACAUGGACGUGGAGCCCACCAGGAAGUACGCGGCUGUGGGCUGUCAGGACCGCAACAUUCGGAUCUUUAAUGUCAGCAACGCUAAACAGAAGAAGGCGUACAAAGGCUCGCAGGGGGAGGACGGGACCAUCAUUAAAGUGCACAUAGACCCGUCAGGACUCUACAUCGCCACCUCCUGCUCAGACAAGAACAUCAGCAUCUUCGACUUCUUUUCAGGAGAGUGUGUGGCCACCAUGUUUGGACACUCGGAGAUCAUAACCGGGCUGAAGUUCAGCGGCGACUGCAAACACUUGAUCACCGUUUCAGGAGACAGCUGCAUCUUUGUGUGGCGUUUGAGUCCGGAGAUGACCAUCAGGAUGAGGCAGAGACUCGCCGACCUGAAACCCCGCCGCAGCGUUCCUCACCGCCAGAACGCACCUCAGCAGAGAGCCGUCAAAGUCAGCAGGACGCCGCCCCCCUGUGUCGACAUGAUGUCAUCCGACAGCAACGGCGAGGAGGAAGAGGAAGAAGAGCAGCCCCGCCCUUACAUGGAAACAGCGGGAUGUGUGAAAGAGGCAGAGAUGUUCGGCAGAGACGACAGGAAGGAGGACUCGACAGCACAACUCCCUCGGCGACGCUGGUCGAGACGGACGUCGAGCGCCGACAGCGUCCUGAUGGUCAAGUCCAUGUUUGAUCUGAGAAUGCUGGACUCCGCAAGUCCAGACAUCCACGGGGAUCAGGAGGAGGGGAAGACACGCCCCCACCCUGACUUCGGCCUGAAGAGGAGGACUCCUGCUGUGGAGCCAAAGCUUCACAGGGCCAGCGAGGAUCUGCAGAGCACCACCAGCCUGCAGGUGGCCUCCGCGUGGGUGGAGGAGGAGUCAAAGACCAGCCAACGACCAGACUUCAUCCUGCUGUCCAAUCAGAGCCUAAACAGGGAGGAGCCUGUUCUGUUUCCUGACCAAUGGGAGGACAGAGUGAGCUUAAUGAGCAGUGAGUUUCAGGUGAAGGAGGCGUGUCCUACAGAGGGCGGGCAGCAGGAAAAGCCCAGUCCGGACAGCGGCUGCUCUCUGGGCUUCAGCUCCGCUCUGUCCAGCCCGGAGAGACCCGCUGGAGACGACACAGAACCCACAGAACCGCUCAGCGAGGACGGAAACUCCUCCGAGCUGGAAAUGGAGGAGGAGGAAGUGGUUGGAAGACAAAGACGAGAAGGAGCAGGAGGGUCUCAAAAUGUUCCUCAGACUCCAGACCAGGAGGCUUUCUUGAAGGAGAACUUUGUCACUUUGGCUGACCCGUCUGCCUCAGGAAGUCCCAGCAGAACCUCUAACAGCUCCAGCGAGAGUCUCAGCAUCUCCUCCAGGUUCCUUCACCAGAGCUCAGCUGCCAGCCGGGCCGGGCUUCUCCUACCAACACGGAGCGCAGAAGGAGCAGGGGGGGAGGUGAAGGUCCAGCUCCUCGUCUCUGAGGUCCGACCCCUCAUGGAAGAGAACUAUAGCAGGAGGAAUGAUGGAAAGGCAUUAGGCAACCAGAACCAGGACCAACCACAGACCCAGAAGGACCAACCACCGCUGGUCCAGGUCCAGAACCCAAACCAGCAAGGACCAGAUCUGCCUCAACAGCAGCAGGGGGCGCCAGAAGAGACCUCCUCAGGUCAUCCGUGCUUCAGGAGCGCUACGUCGAAGAAGAAGGUCCAAACUGAGGUGGAACCCAGGAGGAACAUGGUUCUCCCAACUCCCUCCCACCAGAACCCGGGACUACACAAGGCUCAGUCGGUCAACAGCCUGCUGGCGGACGCCGGUGAGCUCUCUGACCCGCUGAGCUGUCGCUCGUCCAGAGAGGUCGCCCCCCAGCGCCCCACCACCCUCCCGUCCUCCCUGCGACGGCCUCCAUCAACAGCCCCCCCAACCCUUAAGCCAAACUCCGCCCCCUCUCCCCGAUCCCCCCUGCAGGAGAGCGCUGCUGUCACGUUGAGGAAGUCCUCCUCUUCCUCUGCGGCGGUUGCGGCUCCCCGCUCCUACAUGAGCCCCACGGCGAGCUCCAUGGCGAAGAUAUCACGCUCCGUCUCCAUGGGAGACAGCCUCAACAUCCUUGAACCUUCUGACGCCGUGACAUCACCGCAGUUAGCGCCAAACACUCCCAUACAGGCAAAAGAAGCCCCGCCCACUAAUGUGGCCGUUGGAAACUCUGCUGCGCUUCCAGCCACGCCCCCGCACGCAGCCGUACUCCCAGUCGUUGUCUCGCCGUCAUCCUCAGCUGCUGGUAACCACGGCAACAGGGCAGGGCCUCCUCCUCGCAGCCUCCAGGCUCGAGUCUCCGGCAGCAGCAAGCCACUCCCCGACAAACCCUCCCUCGACGUCUUCUCUCCUCCCACCAAGCCGUCUGCCUCCUUGUCACCGCCCUCGCUGCUCCAAAGCUCCGCCUCUCUCCUCGUGCCAUCCAAGCUGGGGGAGGAGCCUGUGAGCGAUGCAGGUGGAGACUCAGAGGAUGCAGGUGACAAAGAGCAACCAAUCAGUGUGGAGACCUGCAGGGCUCUGGCCAAUGAGCUGCAGAGCUGCUUCAAGAGAGCGACACAUAUUUACAGGAAGGUAAGCGGCUUCUCUCCGGAGGAGUCCACCUCCAUCCAGUGCCAGGUGUCCCUGCUCUUAUCGGAGGCCUUCCGGGCCAUGAGGGCGGAGCUGGACUCUCUACCGCUGGGCUCCCAGAGCAUGCUGGGAGGCGCGGAGGACGUCAGGACCGCCGCCCUGCUGGAGGAGUACUCUCUGCUGCUCCUGCAGGCCGUCAACAGGAGGAUCAACAGCAGCUGAUCUUCUUCUCCUGCUGCUCCUCUCUGACUGAAAAUCAAAUCGGGAUCAGCUUAAAGGAAAAAGAAAAAUUGAAAUCUUGAAAACAAUUUCCACAGAUGUUGAAGAUUUGGAUAAAAUAUAUUUUACAUUUAAAUAAAUACUAAAAACUUAAAUUAAAAAAGCUAUAAACCUAAAACUGUUACCAGAUUUGAAAAGUUUAUCAGUAACAGCUGCUGUCUAUAUUCAUUUUUUUGUUUUUUUAAUUGCUUUCAGUUCUCGAUUUACAGUUUCAACUGAGUUGAGCCUAAUUUUAUGUGGGGGCGGGGCUUUGAGCCCAUUGGCUCUACCAAGCUCUACUGUGGAGGAGGGGGGAGGACACAGGCGCUAUUCGGGCACAGAAAGGACGUCACCAUGACUUCUGUCAUCAGAUGUCAAUCAUGUCUCGGUAGCCAAUGGACUUAAAGCCCCGCCCCCCUAUGAAAUAAUUGACUGCAUUGGAACACUGGACUGAGUGACGACGUCUCUCCAACAAUAUAGUCAAUUGAGUCGCCAUUUUUUCGCACUUCCGGACGCCACCAUGUCGAAGCCAGACGUCGUCAGUGAGCUAUACUUGUUCCGGGUUUCUAUGGCGACCACUCUCCCCAAUCAGGAGUGACCUUGUUGGAAGGGCCACACCCCUACCACUGAAAAACGGGCCAAGUAAAAUCUGUCAAAUUCUUUUAAAGCUGGACGUGGGCCAGUAGGCUCCACCCACUUUUAUGGAGGCAUCUGAUUGGUCAGUUUAUAACUUGAGUAACUUCAACUACAGAAAAAAUCAUCAUGAAAAAAAAGGUAUCAGAUCAAGAAUGUUUAUUCUGACCAAUGCAAUGAAUAGCUUGUCUAGGGGAUUUUGGGUUCUUGGAGCCACUUCCUGUUUGGAAUGCGAGGGGGGGCGGGGUCACUCAGUCCACUUCUCAUUUACUGUCAUUGGAUCAAAAAGUCGUAAUUCAAACUGAAACACACGACAACAGCUGUUACACAUAAUUGUUUUUACUUCCUUUGGUUACAGUUUAAGGUUGUUGUUGUUGUUUAACCCAAAUUGUGAUAUUUCUUUUAAAGUUUAAAAAGUGUUUAAAAUAGUUAUUUUAAUAUUUCGUUAAACUUACAGUCUGUGUUUUCAGUCACUUUAAGCUGACCCUGAUCCUGCAGAUCUCCUCCUCGUUCCUCCUUCACCAGCUCCUCCAUCCACCCGUUCACACAGAGGACUCCGACAGGUGGAGGCGAGUCGUCUCCCUGACCCUCCUCAUCCUCACGUCUGCAGCCUUUUGCUGUCAGUCUUAGAGACAUUUCCUGCGAUGAAGGUGUCCUCCUCUUCUCCUCAGUCUUAAGUGUUCCGGUCUUGACCCUGGUUGACGUAGGUUAGACUUUUUUUACGGAGCAAACAGCAAUACUUUGUGAACAAAUGACCUUCAUUCCUUGAUCCGAUGAGGAUUUUUCUUCCACUUGAAACGCUCGGCAUGAUUUAAUAACACUUUGUAUUUAUUGUGUGGAUGAGUUGUGAUGCUACUGGAACUGCUCUUUUGGACCCGAACGCACAUUUUGAUAACCUCGGUUUGACACUUUUGGAGCCUGUUGUUGAGUCAGGAAACUUUGAUCACACUGCAACUCAAAGAUUAGUUUGUUUUUCUGUCACUUUUAGUAAAAACUUUUCCAUCG